UCCGCUUCUCUUCUUGAACGCAGCCAUUGUUGCGAAAAUAGAUGGCGGCGAACAGGCGGGAAAGCUUGCGAGGAACCGAUAUGUAGAUUGAUCGAUUGGAAAGAUGCACGCUUUCUUGAAGACUGGAAAAUUGGGCGCUCCGACAGAGGUGAAGAAACCUUCAACUUCUCGGGCCAAAGGUGACAAGAAAGACUUGACACCAUGGGUGGAGAAAUAUCGACCAAAAAAUGUCGACGAUGUCGUGGAACAAACGGAAGUGGUGAAUGUAAUCCGACAAGCCAUGGAACAUGGAGACUUUCCUAACAUGCUGUUUUAUGGACCACCGGGUACUGGCAAGACCAGUAUCAUUCAUGCAGCUGCUAGACAAAUGUUCGGUAAUAUGUACAAAGAGAGAAUACUGGAACUAAAUGCCUCUGAUGAUAGAGGUAUCCAGGUGGUGAGAGAGAAGAUCAAAUCCUUUGCAUUACGUAGAGCUAAUCCCAAUAGACCAGAUGGGAAGAAAUGUCCACCAUUUAAAAUCAUUAUAUUGGAUGAGGCAGACAGUAUGACCGGUGCUGCACAAACGGCUCUUCGUCGAAUCAUGGAAAAAGAAUCACAUAGUACGCGUUUUUGCCUGGUAUGCAAUUAUUUGUCACGAAUCAUCAAGCCGAUAGCAUCACGUUGCACCAAGUUUCGGUUCAAGCCAUUGAGCGAUGAAAAAAGCAUUGCCAGGCUCGAGUACAUAUGCAAUGAAGAAAAUCUAAAAGCUGACAAAAAUGUCUUAGAAAAAAUUGUUAUAGCAUCGGGUGGUGAUUUAAGACAGGCUGUCAUGUGUUUACAAUCGAUCACACGGUUGAAAGGAAAGGAUUAUGAAAUCACUGUGGACGAUGCACUCGACGUUAUUGGACUGAUUCCUGAUGAUCAUAUUAACGCAUUAUGGAAUGCUUGUGAAAAGGGGAGUUAUACUGAAAUUCAAAAAUUACUUGAGAAUUUGCUGCUAGAAGGAUAUCCGGGAUCACGGGUAAUUGAACAAUUGAAUGAAAAAGUUAUUUUUUCUGAUGAAUUUACUGACAAACAAAAAGCGAUGAUUGGCGACGCACUUGGGUGAAUGCGAUUAUCGUCUAACGGAAGGAAGUGAUGAGUAUAUACAGCUUUUACAAGUGUUUUCUACUAUUUUAGUAGCAUUUAAACAGUAAGACAUCAGUUUGCUUUGGCGUGUUACAUAUUUAUAUUUGUAAGAUUAUGUUGCAUAGUACUAUAAAGAUUUUCUAUAUUUUCAUAGACU